AUGACCAAACCGCCACGACAGCAUGAACGGCACGGCUCAUCAUCACACACGUCCGAAUCCUUCGUACCGACGUCUUCAUCACCGUCAUCAUAUCGAAGGCACAGUACGGAGGCAGCGGGAACGGCAACUAAUAAGCAGUACAUCACUGGCCACUGCCACUGCCCUGUCUUGAAAAGACGAGAGCUCACACUGACCCGUCACUCCUCUCUCGCAUGUCCACCGCGCGGCAGAUCCAUCAUUGCACCAGUGCAGAAAUAUGCAUGGAACAGACAACGCGGAAAUUCGUUUCUUAGAUUGGUUAGGGAGUGGAGUUUGGAGAAGAAGGGUGUAGGCCGAGUGGACAGCGAUAUACCACUGUCUCCGUACUACAGCCCCAACAAUGCGACUAACUCAUAG